CUGGUGGGAGGGUAGAUGCUCUGUACAAAGAAACAAUGCAAUUCCAUAAUCAGUUGCAGACCAUUGUAUUAAACAAAAAAGUUGUUGAGGGUAGGGAUCAAGACAUUGAUGGUGAGGAUGACAAUGUGGAUGAUGAGCCCAAGGAAAGGCGGAGAACCACUAAAACCAAACAAUCAUAUAUCACAAAUGAAGAUAAUGUGUCUUUCAAAUCUGAAGCUACAUAUCAAAAUACAAUGCCUCACGCUAAUUACAUUGCAAUCAAGUCUGCGUUUUGUGCUUCGAGGACAGCUCCAAAACUGUUGGAGAGACUUCCACUGGAAAAUGAUUCUUGUAAAUUAGCAUGUGUUACUGCUCUGCCUUGUUUCAAUCCUUUGGCUCCUGUACCUGUAGUGGAUUUUUCAUAUCCAGCAAAACGGAAAGGUUUAAUUCAGAAAAUACAAAAUGUUAGACUUAAUUACGUAGAAUCUCAAUCGGGGACAUUUUGCUCUGAUGUAUUUCCUCCCCCUUCAUUCAGAAGUCCUGUUGGGGCUCCUGAUAUGGAUCCACCUUCAGACGAUUCAUUUGUAAUUGGAUCUUCCCCUGUACGAGAGCCACAAGAUGCUGACGUUGAAGAAAUAAUUGACAAAUUUUCCGUUUUGGAUAUAACUGCUGACAUACUGGUUAAGGAUUUGUCACAUGCAGUUGUUGAUGCAAACACUGUAGAUAGAAACCGUUUUCCACCCAAUUCUGCGCUCAAAAGAGUUUUAAAUACUGCUGAAAAAUCUAAGGUAGGAAAAACACCUGUGAAAAUUAGAAAAGAAAAAGCACCCAGAGAGCCAUUUUUUAACCAACAGCGUGUGGUGGAUAAAUCCAUUCUGAAGAAAACACGUAGAAAUGAAUUAACCGACAAAGACAUCGAUCAGUGGACAAUGAAUGACAUAACUGCAGGAUCUAAUGGGAUUGAGCUGUUUUCAACCCUCUUUUCUGAUAAUAUCAACAUUGACAAUAAGAGAACAAUUUUGUGCACUUUGCAAAAUUUAAUGCUGGAAAAUACGCCACAGUAUUUUGAUGGAUGUUUUUGUAAAGAAUUACAACUUUGGAAUAAAUAUGGAAAGCAAAGAAAUGCUCAGCUUAUACGUCCAUCAUCGUUUGGCGUAUGUAUGAAUAAUAAUGAAUCAGAGGAAAUAAUAUCUGAACACUCAAAUUUCGUUGUACAGUCCUUUCAAAAUCUUUCUCUUGAAAACUCUCCGGCAAACUCUCCAGCAAGGUCUGAUGAUUACGAUCCAGGCAUUGACAACAUGGCACCGCCAGAUGCAGGCAACAUGGCUGACUCUUUUGCAUUUGAAAAUCCCAUAUCAAACCACCCAUCUAGGAGAAGUGGUUUAUUUGACGAUGAUUUAAAAUCUGUCAUGGUCACUCCCCCAGAAAUGGCUCAACCUAUAACCAUGAGAUUUGAAACCAAACCAAUAACAUUAAGUACAGAAAAGGUGAAAAAUGCCAUUUGGAAUGUUGUUGAACAGGCUGAAGAAACAUUACUGACAGAAUUGCACCAGAAGUUACAAAAAGUUUUUUAUGAUGAGUUUAUGCCUUUGCAGUAUGUUUUCACCACUCUAUUAAUAUUGGCAAAUGAAAAGUGCCUACUACUGGAAAAUGAUUCGUUGGGAGAAAUAAAGGUUAUGAAAGAUAUUCUAGAAUGAGCAGAGGACAUAGUGCAUAAAGCACCAAAAUUAUUUGCUUAAUAUUUAUAUUUUUCUAACAUUGUGUUGUAAAUAACAUUUUCAUAUUUAUAUACUAUUGAUGAUAUUGCAUAAUGGACCAAAAUAAUUUUCUGAAAAAUAUAUUUAUCUAAAACUUACGUUGUACAGUGCACCAACAAAAAAAAAAGGACCACUCUCAAUAACUUUUAAUCUUAUGAUCGGAUUUACACGUUUUAAAACUCAAUGGUUCGAGAGGGUGACCUCAAAUGUUCUAAUUAUUAAAUCCUGACGAUAUUUUAAGUUAUGAAAUCAGAUACAAAAAAUUACCUUCUCUGAAUAAACAUACCUUUUUUCUUUGUUGUUGACAGACUCGGAUUUCUGACUUCCGAAAUUGGGUGCAGCCACAAUCUGGGAAAUACGGUCCCAAUAGUUUGGUCAGGAGAGCUCCGAAAACUUGCAACCCUUAAUUUUUUUUAUUAUGUAUUGCGUUAUAUCUUGUGAACUUUUUAAGUGAAUUGAAAGAAAUUUACACUCAAUUCUGAAAUAGUUCAUUAAAAAAUAAUUCCAUGCAAAAAAUAACUUUUAGUAAAUAUUUAUUAUUUCAUUUAAGAAUGGUUGAAAAAAUUUUGAAUUGUAAGGUAUAAACUUUUUGCAUCAUUUUAAUGUAAUUUUAUAGAGCAAAAUAUGAAACAAAAUCUGUUGAAUAGAUAUUGAAUUUCGAAACAGUCAACUACUUAAAAUUCGAUUUGUCAGGAACUACUCUACCGAUUAUGUUGAAAUUUUGUACUUUACGAUAUAAAAUUACAUUCUUUAAAAUGAUGCAAAAAUUUUAUACCUUACUAUUUAAAAUUUUCUUGACCAUCCUUAAAAUAAAUAUUUACUAUAAGUUAUUUUUUGCAUGGGAUUAUCUUUGGUUGUGAAUUUAUAAUUGUGUGUGAAUUUUUUUUUUAAUCCUCUUAAAAAGUUCUCGAAAUAUGCAAAGUAAAAUUAACAUCAAGGGGCUCAAAUUUUGGAUCUCUCUCCUGACCAAACUAUUGGGACCAUAUUUCAAAGAUUGCGCCUACCCUAUAUUUUGGGGGUCAGUAGUCCGAAUCCAUUUAACAGAAGAUAUGUUUGUUUAUUCAGGGAAAGUACGUUAUUAUCGUCUACACUUAGUAAUAAGCCACCUCGAGCCAUUAAGAUUGAGUCUUAGAAUGUAAAAAAUCUGAAAUCAAGUUAUUUGGGUUUUUUAGAUCAGUGUACAUAGAAGUAUAUCUUUUGUUUGUUGAUUACUUGUAUAAAUUUGUUAUGAUGUAA